ACAGCCCGGCGCUGCGGCAAUCUGUAGCCUGCAUGAGAAGGGCUUCCUCAGCCUCCUGCGCAUGGACUGCACCCCCUGGGUCACCGACCGGCGGCUCCCUUUACACAGGAUGAUCCGCUUGAUUUACGCUGUGGGACCUCUGUUCCUUUUCACCGGGCUCCUCCUUCCCAGCACAGAAGGGCAGAAAAAGGUUCGUGGGUCCCAAGGAGCCAUUCCCCCUCCUGACAAGGGGCAGCCCAACGACUCUGAACAAAGUCAAUCUCGGACAGGGUUCCGAGGAAAGGGAAAAGGUCAAUCAUUGUCUGCCGAUGAGGUUCUUGAGUCCAGUCAGGAGGCCCUGCUGGUUACCGAGCGCAAGUAUCUGAAGACGGACUGGUGCAAGACUCAGCCGCUGAAGCAAAUUAUUCACGAGGAUGGAUGCAAAAGCCGUACCAUAAUUAACAGAUUCUGCUAUGGGCAGUGCAACUCCUUCUACAUUCCCAGGCAUAUCCGCAGAGAAGAAGGGUCUUUCCAGUCCUGUUCUUUCUGUAAACCAAAAAAAUUCACCACCAUGGUGGUUACACUCAAUUGCCCAGAGCUCCAACCUCCGACGAAGAAGAAAAGGAUCACGCGUGUUAAGCAGUGCCGCUGCAUCUCCAUAGAUUUGGACUAGUAGGGGGCAAACUUUGACUCCAAAGCCUUAAACAAAGUAAGAUGGUGCCGCCGCUGUGCAAACGGGACGGUCGCGUGACCCACAGACCACACUUCAGUAAUCCAGUUUAUCCAAAAAUGCUUGCCAAUUCGAAAAAAACCAUAGUACAAAAAGAUAAACUGCAUAUCCCGUAAAAGCACCCAGUGCCCCCUGACCAAGGACCAUGCAAGUAUUUAUGUAUACGUGUGUGUAUAUAUAUAUUUAUUCAAGCAAAUGUUUGCGAUACGCGCAAGUGGUCAAUCAGGAAUCACGUUCACGUGUAUGCAAAAGACUUCAGAAUCCGACCAAAAAUGUAUAUGAUGUUCAUGAGAACGGAAAUAACGAUUCAUGCAAACUCUGCUCCCCACCCAAAAAAAAAAAACCGACUGCAUCAAAACAAGUUACGUGACAAAAAUAGCCAGUUAACGAGCCAUUCUGCUCCAAAGAAGCUGGUCUACAGCCUUGAAAUAACAGUGAACGGAGAAAACAAUAUCAUGUAUAGGUUGCUACCAUAUUAUAAAGUGUCUUCAUAGUGUGCUGUACAGACGAGAUGGUACUAUACGUGUCUAUAUAUAUGAAAUAAACCUCCACCUGCUUUAGACAUCGCAAA